AUGUCCUCGCUGAUAUUGUUGAAUACGCUUCAACGUGACUUGGACCCAAGGUACCAGGAGAUACUCAAUUCCAAUUUGCAAGUCUCGGAAAUUUCAGAAAAGUAUCUACAAGAUCUACUUGUGAAUGAUGAGCUAUUAUCAAUAGACACUUUUAAAACAUCAACCACUCAAACAAACCGUACCAUAGAUGUAGAGAUUGCAGAAUUGGACUCGCUGCGGUACCAGCUUAACCAGAAAUUGAGCUUGUUGACAAAUUCCAACAAAGAUCUUAUAAUUGAUGUCAAUAGAGAUUUGAAUGAUGUACAUGACAAGCUAUCUUUUGAUUACCAACAAUGUCUCAAUUCGUUGAGCAAGAAUCUUCACAUUGGGCCCAACGGGUUCUUAAACCGCGAAAAACAGCAACUUCACUCUAUACGACUCAACAAUGCAACAUUGAGCAGCAUGGAUUCUGUUUUGGAUGUGCUCGAACUACCGACUCUAUGCAAGCUUUGUAUUCUUCAAGGCAACUACCAGGAAAGCUUGGACAUAGCAAUGUUUGCAAAGUCGUUGAUCAUUCGGUUCCCCAAAUUACAGCUAUUCAAAGCUAUUUCCAAACAGAUUGAAAGUGAGUUGCAAAUGAUGUUAAAGGGUUUAAUCAAGCUAUUAAAUACCGACUUGAAACAAAACCAGAUACUCAAAAUCUUUCAGGUACUAAGCCAAUUGGAAAACGUUGAUGAAGCAUCCUUACAACGGAUCUUUUUGAAUAGCCGUUUCAAAUAUAUUAUCAAUGAAAUAUCGAGUUUGGUACCCAUAUUGAAAUUCAGCAAACUCACUUAUUUGAAGAGAUUUGUUGAAACAUACAGAGAACACAUUUACUCCACUCUAUCUAUGUAUCACACAAUUUUCAAAGAUGAAAUAAAUUUGUUGCUUUUGAAUAAAUUUGUUACCAGCUUAGGAUAUAAUUUAUGUGACGAAUUCAACAAAUAUCUACCGUCAAUCAGAUCACAAGCAGUGGAAGCUAUUGAUUCUGAUAUAGAGUUAAAAAGUUCCAUCGAUGGCUUGUUACUACAACUAAUAUAUCUUUGCAAGUCCUUGGCCACUUUCCAGUUUGAAUUCGAGCCAUUAAUUUUGGAAAAAUUGUGCUUUCAAAAUCAGCUCAUCAAGGAAGAGGACUGGCUUAGAAACAUGGCAAAAGUCAAAAAGUACCGGUGA